UGUUUGAAAAAUAAGUGAAGUUGAAGAUUUUCUGUUGAAAAUUUGGAUCCCAUCAAAUACUCUCAAAACUACUUGCAACCUAAUAGCAACCACAUCCUGGAAGCAUUUAAAGAAAAGAAGAAAAUGAAGAAUGCGUGGGAACAAGGAGAAGCAAAAAUCUCCAGGAGUCCCAUCCAUUGUUCCAGUUCAUAGCUAAAGGUCCAAGUUUGCUGCUUCAAGCUGCUCCAUUGUCAAAAGCAUGCAGCAUAGCCAGAUUAACAAAAUCAAGAUCAAAGAAAUCAAGGUCAAGGAAAUCUAAAGUUGAGAAUUAAAUGCACCGCUUGCUGUUUUGCCAGUUUCCAGAGUCCCCUCUUCUAUAUAAAGGGAGAGAAUUGGCAGUGUAACACCAUUACACCAAGGAGGAGAGAAAAGCCAGACAAAAAAUCAAGAACAUAUAGCGUGUUGAGAAAAAACCGGUAGUGCUGAGGAGAAGAGCUUGGUCAUAGAGCCAGUAGAAAAGAAUUCAAUUGCAUGCAACUUGUUCUACCACCAAUUAUUACGUCAGCUUGUCCAGUCCUUGAUUGACAGCAUUCAUUAGAAGUAGUUGUUGGAUAAUUUUGGUUGCUUCCAUACAUUAGGAAUUUUGGCAUUCAACAAUCAAAUUUGUAUCCCCACUACUCACUCCGUUACUAAAGGUGCUAGUCCUGAAUAAGCAAACCCUCCUCCAUGGCUUCAAUAUCCAAAAGGCUUGAAGGUAAAGUAGCAAUAAUCACAGGCGGUGCAAGCGGCAUUGGUGCCGCCACUGCCAAACUCUUUGUUCAACACGGUGCUAAAGUCGUCAUUGCCGACGUUCAAGACGAUUUAGGCCAGUCCCUCUGCAAAACUCUCAGCAAAAACUUCACCAACAACAACAUUCUCUACAUUCACUGCGACGUAACUCGUGAUUCAGACGUGAAAAACGCGGUUGAUACCGCAGUAUCCAAACAUGGCAAGCUUGACAUCAUGUACAACAAUGCUGGUAUCUCAGGAGGCUCGAGUUCUUCAAUUCUAGCCACUGAUGAUGAAACCUUCAAAAGAGUUUUUGAAGUUAACGUUUUGGGCGCUUUCUUGGGCGCCAAGCAUGCCGCGAGGUUCAUGAUCCCAGCAAAGAGAGGUGUCAUUCUUUUCACUUCGAGCGUUGCUUCGGUGCUUGGCGGCAAUGCUUCGCAUGCUUACACUACUUCGAAGCAUGCAGUUGUGGGGCUUAUGAAGAAUCUCUGCGUAGAGCUUGGGCAAUAUGGGAUUAGAGUGAAUUGCAUCGCUCCUGCGGGGAUUCCAACUCCGUUGAUGAACAAUGCGCUGGAGAUGAAGGAGAAGGACACACGGGAAGUGCUGCGGGCAGUUUCGGUGUUGAAAGAGGUUGUUCUUGAGGCUGAGGAUGUUGCUGAGGCGGCGGUUUAUUUGAGCAGUGAUGAGUCUAAGUGUGAGAGUGGUGUGAACUUUGUUUUGGACGGGGGUUAUAGCACCACCAAUAUGGCAUUCCUUUCUGCACUGAAUGGUAUGAAGAUGAAUAGUAGACACACCAACAACAACCAUGUUAGUAAUGGCUUUUCUGCACUUGAUGACUAGUGCUCAAUAUAAUUCAAACCAGUGUUCUUAUCCUACCAUAAGUACCACUACUUGUUGGCCAGUUCUGUCUGUACGGAACUAUGCCCAUGUGUACUCUAUAUUUUGUUGGUUUCUGUUAGAAGUUUAUAAUUGUGUCCCCUAUGAUGAAACAAUAGUAUUAGUGGUGGCUGUAUGAGAUAAAUUGUUAAUUGUGUGGUGUGGUAUUGCUCCACUAUACAUAUAUCUAGACCUGACAUCUGGUUUUCUAAAUAAUUUGCCAUGCUCUGUGGGCUUUGGGUCUUCUUACAUUAAUAAUAUAAAAUACUUACAAUCAUGGAUGGCUCAUAUGUAUAUAUAUGUUGAAGUAUUAUUUUGUUGGAAAUUAUUAGUUUGGUUUAGUGGUUUCCUUGUUAUAUAUGCUCAUGGUGCUUUUUCAUUUUAUUACAUUGGAAAAAUGGGGUUUGCAUCCUCUCCUGUCGCCUAGAAUAAUUCAAAAAGGGAGAUGAAUUUGUUUUAUUCUAAUCUCCUAAAAUGUACUUU